AAUGAACUAAUCGUCUGAGCAUAGCGAUUGUGCACAAGAUAGUCGUAGUUGUAUUUUGAAGUGCAUUUUAAUUAAUUUUUAUUUUAGAUUUGAUUGUGUUUAAUUGGUAUUUAAAGAAAUUGAAACAAUUGUGUAUUGUAUGAAGAAGUCUUUCCAUGUGGUGUAUUCGACCGAAGGAUAGCCAAGAACCCAUGGCAGCGAUCAGAAAGAAGUUGGUGAUUGUGGGUGAUGGAGCCUGUGGUAAAACCUGUUUGCUGAUCGUCUUUAGCAAGGACCAAUUUCCAGAGGUGUACGUACCAACAGUAUUCGAGAACUAUGUGGCUGAUAUAGAGGUCGAUGGUAAGCAAGUUGAACUUGCACUUUGGGAUACCGCUGGACAGGAAGACUACGAUCGUUUAAGACCACUUUCAUAUCCGGACACCGAUGUUAUCCUUAUGUGCUUUUCAGUGGAUUCACCUGACUCACUUGAAAAUAUACCUGAGAAAUGGACACCUGAAGUAAAACAUUUUUGUCCUAAUGUACCAAUUAUUUUGGUUGGUAACAAAAAAGAUUUACGAAAUGAUCCAAACACCAUAAAAGAACUGAGUAAAAUGAAACAAGAACCAGUUAAACCACAAGAAGGUCGUGCUAUGGCUGAAAAAAUAAACGCCUUUGCGUAUUUGGAGUGCUCUGCCAAAAGUAAGGAAGGUGUACGAGAAGUGUUCGAAACUGCAACCCGUGCCGCACUCCAGGUGAAAAAGAAGAAGAAGGGACGGUGUUUAUUGCUUUAAACUUCCGUGCCACUAUUCGCACUGCUAUAAAAACUACUACUGUAUAAAUUAUAUCUUUGUUUUGCAAACUGCCUCUUUUUUAAUGAUAAACGCUACAUUUUUGAUGACUAUGCAACGAAUGAUUGCUAUGGAUGGGCUCUGCGGGAAGGGGUCUCGUAGCACAAAUUCAUAUUGUAUAAGAAGAUACUUGUGAUAGCUUUUUAUUCAAUUUAUAUUUUUAUCUACAUAUACAUAUAUAUUUAUAUGCAAAUUACGUCGCAAUGCGAAUUUAUUUUCUAAUCAUGCCAAUUUUAAUUUAAUUUUUUUUUUUAAAUUUAGUUUAUAAUCACAACAAAUUAUAUACAAGUGUUGAGAUUUUUUGUAACCACUUUGUAUGUUUUAUUAAUUUAGUUGUCACAAGUUUCUUUUUUUACAGUUGGGACAGUUUGUAUGGGCCCCACAGCUAUUUUUAAGUGCCUGUAGAUAGACAAACGAAGCGUUAUCCAAGAGUGGUAACGCUCAAAUCUAUUCAAUUGCAUACAAAAAAAAAGUAAUCUAAGGUCAGGGCGGGCAGUUUUCCUAUAUCUAUUAUCUAUAUCAAUAUUAAUUAUUACUUAUGUUAUGAGUGAAAUAACUAUUAUUACUUGAGGAAUAUUUUAUAGUUAUUUAGGAAUUGCAUGCGAUGUAAUUGUCUACCUAAUAAACCCCCAUAUUUUAUCUUUAUUUUUUGUAUUUGAUUUUGUCAGUGUACAAAAUUAUAAUAAACUAAAAUUUGGAAUAUGUGUUUUUAAUUACAUUUAGUUCACAGAAUGGCGAACGAUUUGGAAAAUCUUGAAAAACCUUAAAAUUGUUAGAAGAAUUUUAACAUACUUGAAAAACCGGAGAUUAUCCAGUCAAAUUAGUCCAUAAAAUAUAAGUAAGGUUACAAAAAUUCCCAUAGAGCUAAAAAUUGGUAUGAAUGUUCUGAAUGCAAUAAUUAUAAAUGAAUUGUGGAAAGUCCCCAUCAAUCCCCCUUGUCCAAAAAAUUUUAAUGAGGGGGGAAGUUUGCAAAAAUAGGCUUUUCGCGUUUUUCAGUAAAACGAUGAGUUUCACAGCAAAAAUUGUUCAACAUUCAUACCAAUUUUUAGCUCUAUGGGAAUUUUUGUAACCUUCGAAGUGUAAUUUGACUGGAUAAGCAGGGAAAAACUUAAAAAUAACUUCAAAAUCUAAAUUUUAAUAUUUUUAGGUCAUCGUUUUUUUCUUCAGGAUAAGAAUUUAUUUACUUGGUUGUAGUCUUUUCUAAAACCCUUUUCGAUCGCCAUUCUAGUUCAUAUUCAAUGUUAUUUCUUUUUUCACCAAUAUUUUUUUUUAUGUUUGGAGGGUUUUUUUGUUAUUAUUUUUCUCUACCCGGAACUAUGACUCAUACAAAACAAAUUUAUUUAUACUGAAAUAGAUAAUGACGUCAUUCAAUCUAAUUGGUUUUUAUAACGGCGGGAAAAUUUGAAACAACGUAACUAUAUACUCUUAUUAUAUAACUUUUGUAUUCAUAUCAAAUUACAAUAUUAGUUUUUAUUAAUAAAAUCUACAACAGCCAA